AUGCCGGUGCUAAUCUUCAACCGUUUGACAUUUAGUACCUCGACGGCCGAGAACCCCUCCGUCCCAAGAUCGCCAUAUAUCUACUCAAAGACUGAAGAGCUGGUCUGGAAGUGGGAACAACUGAAGCUUUGCGGACAAAGUAUUAAAAGCAUACUGCAAUGUGCCACUUUACCGAGUCGUACUGUGGUCAAUAAGCCAGACAAUAAACGUGUCUUCAUUUGUGUUGAAGAUGGUGUCACUACAGUCCUUCCGCUGGCCAAAGCGACCAGCCUCCAAACCUCGGAUUAUCACUUGGGUAUCUCCUGUGCGACCGAUGAGAAGGAUAGAAAACUCAUCAUUCUCGGUGUUGGGGGAAAGGAAAAGAUCUCAACAGUCAGAAAAAUGACGCUCCAUGUUUGGAAGUCCAUUUGUGAGACUCGUCCUUUGGUUCUGUACAGCUGGUCCACCGAGUAUUGGGUGUCGGAUUCCGUCGUGAUCGAUGCCAGGUCGAUCGAGGACACAGAUAUGAUGAAGGAAGCAAUACGGGCAGGACGAAGCGCCACCAAGGCAUACGUCUGCAUUGGCCUUCCAGCAAUCACCUUCGGCCCCCUGUUCAAUACGCUCGUGUCAGGAUGCAAUGUGAAUGCAGCCUGCUUUAAUCUCGCCAUUCUAUACAUCUGGAUGGCGGCUGCCGUUGAUCCAACGAGGCUUGAGAUUGAGCGAGAAGAAGGUGCUGGUUCUUUUCAUAAGUUCUUCCUGUCGAUCAUCAAUGAUGAGACUCAAGGGUCAUGGCUCGUGGAGGCAAAGCUUCAGUUCUGGCUAGAAAGCAGUUCUCGGAUGAGGGCUUCUGUUCUUGCCGAGCUAUUGGAGAUGAGAGACAUACGCAUCACGUCAACUCACAGGCCCUGCUCGUGA